AUGUCGACAACAAAUGUGUCAACACUCGACCCGACCAUCCUGGCCGUCUUUGGCAGCCCUCCGGAUGGCACCGACUUAAGCGAAGAACAAUAUGUCGGUUACGACAUCGUCUCCUGCGUGGUACUGGGCUUGGCGGCUGCGGCGGUGGCAUUGAGAUUCUGGGUCCGCAUGACGAAUAGGGCAUCAUUGGCUCUAGACGACUUCACGAUACUUAUUGCUCUUAUGUUCACUGGCGCGCUCGUAGCUACGACAGUCAUUGGUAAGCCCACUUGA